AUGGUCGGGAUAAGCCCCGAAGUCAUGUGCCACAAGCUAAAUAUCGACCCCACGUUCAAGCCGAUCAGACAGAAGCGCAGGCGCCUAGGCCCGGAUCGAGCCAAGGCAGUCCAGGACGAAGUGGAACGACUACUCAAGGCGGAUCAAAUCAUGGAAGUCCAGUAUCCUGAUUGGUUGGCUAACCCGGUCGUAGUCAAAAAGAAAAACGGCAAGUGGAGAGUUUGCGUGGAUUUCACCGAUCUCAACAAAGCUUGCCCUAAGGACAGCUUUCCUCUGCCGCACAUAGAUCGUCUCGUCGAAGCCACGGCUGGAAACCAGCUGCUUUCGUUUAUGGAUGCUUUCUCAGGCUACAACCAGAUCGCCAUGAGCUCAGCUGACCGCGAGAAAACGGCAUUCAUCACAGAUAGGGGGACCUACUGUUACAAAGUGAUGCCGUUCGGAUUGAAAAACGCCGGAGCAACCUACCAGCGCUUGGUAAACAUGAUGUUCGCGGAUCUGCUCGGCAAAACCAUGGAAGUCUAUAUAGACGACAUGCUGGUCAAGUCUCUGAUCGCAGAACAGCACGUCCAACAUCUGGCAGAGUGUUUCGACAUCUUGGAUCAAUUCCAGAUGAAACUAAACCCGACGAAGUGCACAUUUGGAGUAACUUCCGGAGAAUUCUUGGGGUACAUCGUCACUGAACGGGGAAUAGAGGCAAAUCCCAAGCAGAUCGAAGCCAUACUAGGGCUCCCGUCGCCGACCAACAAGCGAGAAGUACAACGCUUGACUGGCCGGAUCGCUGCUCUGAACCGUUUCAUCGCGCGCUCAACGGAUAAGUGCCUCCCCUUCUACCAACUUCUUCGCGGGAAUAAGGAUUUCCAUUGGGACGAGGAAUGCGAGAUCGCCUUUCGUCAGUUGAAGGAAUAUUUGACCUGUCACCCAGUAUUGGUCAAACCGGAGGACGGCGAAACAUUGUAUCUCUAUGUCUCGGUGUCCAGCUCGGCCGUUAGCGGGGUGCUAGUCCGAGACGAUCGCGGGGACCAGAAACCCAUUUUCUACACAAGCAAAGCACUAAACGACGCGGAGUCGCGAUACCCCACGCUGGAAAAAUUGGCCCUUGCAGUGAUCGUCGCAGCACGGAAACUACGACCCUAUUUUCAGUCGCACUCUAUCGUCGUGUUUACUGAUCAACCACUCCGAACCAUCCUUCAUAGCCCCCUCCAAUCCGGACGCAUGGCAAAAUGGGCAGUCGAACUUAGCGAGUACGACAUCGAAUACCGUUCUCGCCCAAGCCUGAAGUCACAAGUUCUGGCUGACUUCAUCACCGAAUUGUCUCCCGAGCUUGACGAUCCCACUUCCACGGUGGAGCAAUGGACAAUGUUUGUCGAUGGAUCGUCAACAAAUCAAGGAUCCGGGGUCGGGAUCAUACUUCGAUCUCCCACCGGAGAAAUUCUCGAGCAAGCGUUAAAGCUCAAUUUCAAAGCGUCGAACAACGAAACUGAGUACGAGGCCGUUCUCGCAGGACUCCGGCUAGCCCAGGGACUUGGAGUUAAACACCUGCAGGUCUUCUGUGACUCCCAACUCGUAGUCAGCCAGUACAGCGGAGAAUUCGACGCUAAAAACAAGCGAAUGGGAGCAUAUCGACAGUUGGUCCGUGCAUUAUCCGGCGAGUUUACGUCGUUCUCCCUGACGAAGGUCCCACGGAACGAGAACGCAUCAGCCGACGCACUCGCAGCUCUGGCAAACCGCUCCGACCCCGAGUUACGGCGUACCAUUCCCAUCGAAUGCAUCGAGGCUCCCAGCGUUGACCCGGAUAGCCAGAUCGCCCUCAUCAAUGACGACCCAAUCCCGAUGGAAGUCGACGAGCCAAUAGAAGAUAUGGCAGACGUCGUCGAACCCCCCAAAGAUUGGCAAACUGAGAUCAAGCUUUACAUCUCCGAUGGCACCGUCCCGGCAGAUCGAUGGGCAGCUCGACGACUAAAGGCUCGGAGUGCCAGGUACAUCCAGUUGGACGGGGAGCUAUUUCGCCGGAGUGCUUCGGGAGUGUUCCUUACCUGUGUUACUCGGGACGAGGCCGAACGCAUCAUGAUGGAAGUGCAUGAAGGCGAAGGUGGCAACCAUUCCGGCGGACGCGCACUUGCUCUCAAAAUCAAAAAGGACGGACACUAUUGGCCCACCAUGAUGGCCGAUUGCGAGACUUUUGCAGCCAAAUGCGAAGCUUGUCAGCGCCAUGGACCCAUGCGGCACGUCCCGCCCGAACUAUUAAACACCGUCACUGCUCCGUAUCCCUUUAUGCGCUGGGCCAUGGAUGCCAUAGGACCUUUGCCGGCAUCCAAAUCCAAGAAAUAUGUUCUGGUUCUGACCGAUUACUUCACCAAGUGGGUGGAAGCAGAAUCUUUCACAAGGAUCCAAUCCUUAGACGUGACCAAUUUCAUAUGGAAAAACAUCAUAUGUCGCCACGGACUCCCAUAUGAGAUCGUCACCGACAACGGUACCCAAUUCACUUCGAUGAUCACCAGACGCUUCUUGACAAAAUGGCAAAUCCGUCUCAGCACUUCGACUCCUCGAUACCCGCAAGGCAACGGUCAAGCUGAAGCCACGAAUAAGUCGAUCGUUGAUGGGCUCAAGAAACGACUCGGUCGAAGGAAAGGAGCAUGGGCAGAUCACCUGGAUGGUGUGCUGUGGUCAUACCGCACAACCCCGCGGCGGAGCACGGGACAAUCCCCUUUCUCCCUCGCAUAUGGUCUUGAAGCACUCGCCCCAGCUGAAGCAGGGGUCCCGACACUUCGUCGCACUAUGAUGAUCGAUAAUCCUAAACUUAACGAUGAGAUGCUGGUCGACCACAACGAUCUCGCCGAAGAGUUACGCGACAAAGCUCUAGUUCGGAUGCAACACUACCAAGACGCGGCGGCUCGAUAUUACAAUAAGACUGUUCGUCAGCGGCGCUUCAACGAAGGUGAUCUGGUUCUGCGGGAAGUCUUCGAGAACACCAAGGAAGUAAACGCCGGCAAACUCGGCGCUCAAUGGGAAGGUCCAUAUCUCGUAUCUAGAGCAGUUCGCCUGGGAGUUUACGAACUCAUAACCAUGGCUGGGGAAUGUAUCAAAAACUCGUGGAACGCGGCCCACUUGAAACGCUACUACAGCUAA